ACAAUAAAAAUAUCGAAGACUUUAUCCCGCCGGCAGUUUAUUAAAGUAGAUCAAAUAUGUGUAUACAAUAUAAACAUCGAAGACUUUAUCCCGACGGCAGUUUAUUAAAAUAGAUCAAAUAUGUGUAUACAAUAUAAACAUCGAAGAAUUUAUCCCGCCGGCAUCUCUGUGCCACUCCCUACGUGUUCAUUUGCAUUUCUUUAUCAGGUGCGACUACAACCCUUCUGACACACAAACCAGCACAAACACAUACUAUUGAUCAACAAAUAUUUACUUUAAAUGAUUCUUAUAAAAUCUCAGAAAGAGGUUUAGAGCUGUUUGCAAUGUAAACUGGAUGAUAAUAGUCUGUUUUCUAUAAAUUAAUAGUUGCUUUAAAUCUCUCUUUCUUCAUCAUGUCUCAAAACCAGAAGAUUUUUUUCAGUGGAGUUAUAUUCGUGGCUGUCGUCCUGAUCGGCUUUUACUACAUGAAUUAUGUUUUUGGGGAAAAUACCAACUUUCAGUAUAUCAGAGCCAAAAUGUAUAACAGUGAACUAGAGAACCGCAAUCACCUCGAGCGGAAAGUCCUAUGUUCUAACAAUGAAUCAGAGAUCCAAAAUUACCCCAAACCAAAUAUAGGGCCAUUUCCUAUUGAAAAUGUUCAGUCAUGUAACUGCAAAAACACUCACCCACCACACAUGCCAAAAGAUGAAUGGGAAGAUCUUCAAAAGCGUCGAGCUAAAGAAUACAGACAACACCAGAUCAGAACGGGUAAACAAAAUGAUGUUCUUAUUCUUGCCGCAUCCAACACUCCGCUUCAGUAUCCCAUCAGAGGUUGCAGAGUCACCCCCUUACAAAAAUCUCUCAUUCCUGGUCUAGCUCUGCACACACAAUACCGAACAAUUUACAAGGUGUCCCUGAGGGUACAGAAGGGUUUGCUGUCAGUAAAUGAUGUUAAGGUGGAUGAGCUUGUUUUUGGCCAGAAUGAGAAACGUUUGAUCAUCUCAUCCGACAGCCUUGAACAGCUCAAUGACCUGCUGAGCAGAGUGACCUACACGAGCACCAUCUACCACAUCAAGACUGAAGAUCUCGCUUACUUCUCAUUUGAGAACCAUGAGGUCAUAUUUCCAAUUGAGAUCAGACGUCUAUCAGUUCCUAUUCUUUAUGACCCAGGAAAAGAUAUAAACUCUCAGGUGACCAUACUAGUAAAGACAUUUUUGAGAUACGCGGAAUUACAAGUUCUUAUUCAGAGUGUCCGUGUGAACUACCCAAACAUAAAGAUCAUUGUAGCUGAUGACAGUCAUGACCCACAGAAGGUUGUUGGCGAUAAUAUUGAGCAAUACUUCAUGCCUCCAGCACAGGGUUGGUUUGCUGGCAGAAAUCUGGCAGUGUCACAAGUCACAACUAAAUACUUCUUAUGGGUGGAUGAUGACUUUUUGUUUUUGAAUGAAACUCGUAUAGAGAGAUUUGUGGAGAUUAUGGAAGCCCUUCCUGAAUUAGAUGUGCUUGGUGGAUCAGUUCAGGGAGAUCAGUUUUCUCAUAGAUUGCAAUAUGAAGAAGGGAACAACAAGGAGGGUGGCUGCAUCUGGCGUGCUUCUGGUACUCACAAAGCACCCCUGCCAGGAUUUAAAGGGUGCUUCUUCGCUGAUGUAGUCGUCAACUACUUUUUGGCCCGAACACAUGCUGUCCGGAGAGUCGGAUUUGACCCGCUUCACAGACGGGUGGCUCACUCUGAGUUCUUCAUUGAUGGACUAGGACACUUGUUAGUCGCCACUUGCAGAGAUCUCAGGAUGGGCCACCAAGAACGGAAGUACACAGGCGAAUAUAAAAGAUACAGGCAUCCGCCAAUAAGCGAUAAAUAUUACAAAAUAAAACUCCAUCAUUUCAAGAAUUAUUUAAAAUGUAUGAAGUAGGGUGACGUCACAUAAAAUGGGACAGUUUUUUGAAAAAUCCUCUAAAAUCAAAUAAAGUCAAGUAGCCAUAACAUCAAAUCGGUGCCGUACACACUCCAUAAUAAUUCAGUUAAUCAAGUUAAUUCUAGUUAAUCAAGUGUUUAAUCGUUCAUCAUAAACAGCACAGGUCUUUCUUCUGAAAAAAAUAAAUGCUUAGAAGGGGAAAAAGUCUUCUGUAUGCGCGGUUCAGAAAAUGACAGAGGCACAAUUUGCUGACUAGUGUUGUCAGAUCUUGCACUAAAAAAAACAGCAAACAAGAAAAAUCCAAUAAUAAACCGAAAUAAAUCUAAAUGCUUUACCUCAAAGAUCAAAAUAUUGGGACCGGCCCCCUCACACUUUAUUAACAUCCAAAACUUGAUCGCUUCUUGAGCCAAAACCCAUAAACGGUUAAGCGCCAAAACGCUAUUUAUGUACAAAAAAGACGAGGACCUGGCAACACUGCAAGACCGCGCACUCCGCGCUGUGAAGCAGCCUCACAAACGCGUAAAAUACACAACGCCAAGAUGGAGGUUUGUUGCAAAACACAAUGCUGUUAUUAUUUUUGUCAAAGCUGUGAGU